AUGAACGCACCAGCCGCUUUUGAAUCUUUUCUUAUCUUUGACGGUGAGAAGAAGAUCGAAAUCGAAAAGGACACCAAGGUUUAUCUUUUGGUCAAAAUUUUCAUUCUUAUUAGUAUUUUGAAGGUACCGAACGCUGCUAUAUUCACGAUUCACAAAGAGGAUCACACUCUCGGAAACUUGUUGAAAAAGUUUUUUUUAUGAUGAAAUCGUUUCGAAAAAUGUUGUUACAGCCAGUUAUUGCGUGAUCCGCAGGUUCUGUUUGCUGGUUACAAGAAUCCUCAUCCUCUAGAACACAAGGUUUUCUUAUACAAUCUGUUUUUUUUUCUCAUUUUUGUUUCCCUUCAGAUCGUUCUUCGGGUGCAAACUACUGGCGAAACAACUCCCGCCGAUUCGUUGAAUAGUGCGAUCACCGAUUUACUCGCCGAGCUUUCUCUCCUUGAAUUUCGUUUCCAAGUAAGAAUAAUGAUUAUGUCCGUUUUCAAUUUUCAUUAUCUUUUAACAGGGAGCUCUUGAAAAGAAACAACGACAAACAGAACUGGAACGUGGCUAUUAA